UCAAAAAUGUUUGCGAACUGUCACACGAAUGUCAAGCUGAAGGUUCAGUAUUCGUCAAACCCUUGUAUCGGACAGUUCGUUGCAUUUAUCUGUGAUGAUAUUUUCGCCUGAUUGUUGAUCUUCAUGAACCGAAGUCAAUUACACAUAAAUAAGGCAAUUAUUUACUUCAAAAGGGUUUUCUCAACGAUGUCUCGACCAUUCCUAGUCGCGUUUGACUUUGACCAUACAAUCGUGGAUGACAAUACGGAUAUUGUAGUCCGGAAGCUACUGCCCGAAGAAAAAUUACCAGAAUCAGUGAGAGGCAUGUAUCGAUCGGAUGGAUGGACCGCAUACAUGCAGAGAAUCUUCGAACUUCUUCAUGCAAAUUGCAUUAAUGAGACACAAAUAAAUGACGCUAUAGACAAUAUACCUGCGGUAACUGGGAUGGAGGAUCUGUUGGAAAGAUUGCACAAGAGCAAUUGCGAUAUUAUAAUAAUAAGUGACUCGAACUCCAUUUUCAUAGAGCGCUGGUUACAGAAUAAAAAACUGAGUCACACUGUAUCUCGGGUAUUUACUAAUCCCGCUAAAUACAACGAUAACGGGAUGUUGAAAAUUGAAAUGUAUCAUCUGCAAGAUUGGUGCGAAUUGAGCACAAAAAAUCUCUGUAAAGGGCAUAUUUUAGAAAAUUAUAUAAAAGAGUCAUUGGAAAAUGGAACCUCAUUUGAGAGAGUUGCUUACGUCGGUGAUGGACGGAAUGAUUUUUGUCCCGUUCUGAGAUUGUCGGAAAAAGAUUAUGCUUUUCCAAGGUUGAAUUAUCCUCUUCUUAAAAUUUUAAAUGAAGCCAAAACCAAUGACACGCAUCAAGUUAGAGCACACAUGUGUCCAUGGAACGAUGCUACGCAGAUUUUGGAGGAACUUCUCGUCUCUCUUGAGUAAACUAGAGUUUACAAAUAAAAAUAAAAUUAAAUGACAUGUAAUUGUAAUCAUGUGAUAUUGUAUUAAGGCCGAUCCUCAACUCUAGUCAUUUCUUCAAUUCGAUACCCAAGUUCAUACCUUGCAUACUGU